GCUUUCCCUGCUGUGGGGAUGCAGCCGCGACAGGCACUCAGUAGGCCUCCAACAGCUCCAAAUCAGUUGCGACUGCAGUUACAACAGCGUCUACAAGGGCAACAGCAGAUGAUUCACCAAAAUCGGCAGGCUAUUCUAAACCAGUUUGCAGGGAAUUCUCCAGGUGGUAUCGGCAUAAGGGCAGGCAUGCAGCAGCAGAUGACACCUCAGCCCCCUCUGAAUGCACAGAUGUUGGCUCAGCGUCAUCGUGAACUUUACAGCCAGCAGCAUCGACAGAGGCAACUCAUGCAGCAGAGAGCCAUGCUGAUGAGACAGCAGCAAAGCUUUGGGAGCAAUCUUCCUCCCUCAGCUGGGGUUCCGGUGCAGCUGACAGCUGGCCGCCUUCCCCAGGGUCCCCCACAGCAAUUCCCUUUCCCCCCCAACUAUGGUACGAAUCCUGGAAACCCCCCUACAUCCACCAGCCCUUUCUCCCAGCUGGCACCAAACCCCGAAGUGGCAUUGGCCAAUCGUAGCAACAUGGUGAACAGGGGGAUGAUGGGAAGCGUCGGAGGACAGUUUGGCUCUAACAUGAACCCACAGAUGCAACAGAACAUAUUCCAGUAUUCCGGAUCAGGUGUGUCUCAGUCUGUAUCUUUUAAGGAAAGUUUGCUCCGUUGUGACUUGCUGAAUGUUGGGAAAGGUGAUACUUCA